CACUUCGCUGCGCAAAGGCAUCGAUGGAACACCAAUGAGGAAAUCGCGGCCAUCCUUAUCAGCUUCGAUAAACAUAGUGAUUGGCAGUCCAAAGAAGUCAAAAUACGGCCCAAAAGUGGUUCGAUGCUUCUAUACAGCCGAAAGAAGGUACGCUACCGGCGCGAUGGGUACUGUUGGAAGAAGCGGAAAGACGGAAAGACCACCAGAGAAGACCAUAUGAAGCUCAAGGUGCAGGGGACAGAGUGCAUCUACGGGUGUUACGUCCAUUCAGCCAUCCUGCCGACAUUCCAUCGAAGAUGUUACUGGCUCUUACAGAACCCUGACAUAGUCCUGGUGCACUACCUGAACGUGCCAUACCCAGAUGAUAACAAGCUCGCAACCGUGGCUCCCAGCCUCGCGCUAUGGGCUGACAAGAAGGAAUGGACUAAGGACGAACUUGUCAGCCAGCUAAAACCAAUGUUCUUCAGCGAAGAUGAAUCUGAUCUUAAUAGCGAUUUGGAAAUAUCGGGAAAAAUGUUUCAGACGGCGGAAACAGUUGAAGCCAUUGUUGGUCAACUGAUGGAGAAACAACGAGCGGCGAGGGCAGCGGCUUUAGCUCGUCAGCUAGAGUGUGGUUGCCCAGAUUCCACCUGUCAAGACUCAAGGACGUGCGCUCAUCCAUUACGAAGAAUGCAAACAGCAAAACCUCCUCCUUCUGAUCAUCACGUAUCGUCUACUACGGGUCCAUCACCAAGACCGAUGGCACAGCCGCCCAGACAGUACACACGAGAUCAUAGACCCUCAACACAGUCGUCUCCGUUGUUACUUUCUUUGGGUCAAAUACAAGGCGGAGGCGGGUUACUCAUAUUGAACGGAACGAGUAAUAGUUCUCAACAACAUUCAUCAUUAGUAUCGCCACUCUCCGUGACAUCAUUUGUAUGUGAAGAACCAAGGGACAGGUACCGACAGCAAUACAAACCAACGUUUGUUUUGAAAAGAGAAAUUCCAGAUAGUCAGCAAACUACGACGUUGAGUGCAACUGAGUCAACAUUUGAAAUAGAAACUCGAAUUGAAGAAAAAGUGGAGGUCGAUAAUUUUGAUAGGAAAAUAAAAAUGGAGCCAAGAAGUCGAAAUCACAUAGUAGCUAGCGCACCGACGACGCCGUCUCGGUAUCCCGAUUUAGUUGAACGCUUAGAAAGUAAAGUGCAAGUUGAAAACUGUGAUGAUACAUUAAUUUUGUUAGGUACCGAUGGGCAUCUAGAAACUUCUAGUGGAUUUUUUGAUGAGACUCUGGAGUUAUCUCAUGAAGAUAUACAGAAAACUUUAUCAGCAAACAUGCCAACUUGUGAGUUGGAUCGAAGUGUUGUUAGAUCGUCUGAGACAGCUAAUGUAAUGGUAUCUGGAAUAGAUACAAUGGACUUUAUAGAGAGCUGUGAAGCUGUAGCAUCACCUACUCACGUGGUAGAUGAUAAUGUGUUCGUGAAUCUGGACGCUUUUGAUAUGCUUGGUGAUUUUCCAGAAUUAGAAGUACUAGAUCCGAGUGCUAUAUCAACGAACCCUGUGACUUUAUGUGGGAACUCACCGCCAGCUGAAGAGAAUAAUGAUAAGAUGCAGACCGACAGUCCAGGUGAAGGAGCUCUAAGCAUCACAGAUUAUUCUCCAGAGUGGGCGUAUCCAGAGGGAGGCGUUAAAGUACUAGUAGCAGGACCUUGGACCGACACUUCAGAUCAAUAUACCAUACUCUUUGACAAUUUUCCGGUUCCCUCGAUUUUAGUGCAAAAUGGUCUUCUUAGAUGCUACUGUCCUGCCCACGAAGCUGGUUUAGCUGCGCUACAAGUAGCUCGUGGAGGUCGCGUCGUUUCUGACACUGUUGUGUUCGAGUAUAAAGCUGGUCCAGUUCUAGCACCAUCGUCACCAGCUUCAGCGCCUUUGCCGUCAUUGGAUUUUAGACGAUUCUCGCUGCUGCAGCGCUUACAACGACUACAUGGUCGUUUGCAGUUGAAAACGGAACCAAUGGAUGAUAAUAAUCAGAUAGAAGACGUUCAACUGUACUCCAACCCAAAAUUUGAAGACCGCUUAGUAACAUUUUGCCAGGUGCUGAGCAGUCGGUCUUUUGGCAAUUCGGAGGGAUUUACUACAGAUCCCGGUGAAGACAGCUCAACUAUUCUGCAUUUAUCUGCGGCAUUAGGCUAUACAAAACUUACAACGGCACUUUUGCGAUGGAGACAAGAUGAUAAUAGCUUAGCUUUAGAAAAGGAAGUAAAUUUGGGCGCAAGGGAUUGUGAUAAUUGUACUCCAUUGAUGGUAGCAAGUGCCGCGGGCCACGUGGAGACGGCUGUGGUGCUGGCUCGCUGGAGCGCCGGCAUACGUCGCGAGGCGGGCGCGCGUGCUGCGUCUGCCGCGGCGCGCCGCGCUGGGCACACGCGUCUGGCUGCGAUAUUAGACCGCAUACAUCCUCCUACCGGAGACGCAGUGUUCCGGAGACCUCAUAGCUUAUCCCAAAAAAGUCGGGCUGGAAGCUUGGAGAGUAAUUUGGUUAAGCGGCCAUCAAUCGACAGUGGCAUCAAUAUGGCCGAUGCAUUCAGAGCCAGUUCUGCUAUAGACAGGAAUGACAGCAGUUCUUCUGCUAGAUGGGAAAGAAGCAUGUCAUUACCUUUAGACUCUGAUAAUUCUGAAGAUAGUCUAGGUGAUUCUAAAAUUGGACGACGGAUGGAUCUCGCCCUCUGGGAGCAGGAUGACAGAGUGUUCACAUUGGCAGAACAGAUCAUUGCCGCUAUGCCGGAGCGAAUAAAGAACGAGUCUUCUUCCCUGUUAAACGGCUGCGAUCUAGACAGCGGGGCAGGGGGCAGUGAAGACACACUGAUGGUGCCUCUCCUUGAUGAUACCACCACGUUUAGUACCGAGUUCAGCUUUGAGUUCUGUGACAAUACUUAUAGAUACUGCGGUGGUUCAACCCCAUGUUCGUCUGGGUCAGUAUCGCCAGGAUCAGCGCUGUCGCCUCCACCUGCAUCACCGCGCAAUUCACUACCCACGACAUCGGCAACUCUACAGGAAUUUUUGAACACUACUACACAUUUUUCAAGCCUUACUCUUAAUGAUCGUGAGCAGCGAGAGUUAUAUUCUGCUGCUAUAACUAUCCAGAAAGCUUACCGUCAAUAUCGCGGACGACAGCUGCAGCGACGCGCCGCCGCUGCGGCCAUCACAAUCCAGAAUUGCUAUCGGCGGUACAAGCAGUUCGCGUAUUUGAAGCAAAUGCACGCGGCGGCGACAGUUAUUCAGCGCGGAUACCGCUCACACCGGGAGCGACGCCUCGUUGCCAAUCCCGUCAAGCGAACAUAUUCCCAAAGACGACAAAAUCAGGCAGCGAGAAAAAUUCAACAAUUCAUGAGGCAGUCCAAGAUCAAGUUGCAGAGCGAGCGAGCCGCAAACGCGAAGGUGGCCCGGCUAUCCCAGGAUGUCCACCAAAACUUGUCGCAGCCCACCACCAGUACAGCACCCACGCCUAAUAGGAUCAUUGACUACUUAGCACCUGAAUCACCGAUGGACGCAGAUGAUGACCUUCUGAUCGAGCUUCUGUUUAAAAUGUGACCUGACCCAGAGCUGCAGUUUAUUCUUACUAAAAUGCUUUCAAAUACCUUGUUUUGGGUAAAAUUAUUUCUCGAAUGUUUGAAAAAUUAAAAGAUAGCAUGCAUCAAAAUUUUUCAAAUAUAAAAAUUUUAAAUAGAUUAUUUAUAAGUACAACAACUGCCGGAGUCAGGAGCGAAUUUCAUUUUACGGGCUUUACGUCAAUUUUGCAAUUCAAAUCCUACACCUACUUCUGUUAUAAGAAUGAAGAACCAUCGGUUUUAUGAUAAAUCUUUAAAAGACACACUACUGCCUUCAUUUAGUCAUUUUAAAUCAUCACCAUCUAAUAUAAACUACUUAUUUUCCUCAAACAGGUUUUAAAGAAGUUGUGACGUAACUCAGGCCUUGAAUUUAAAAAUUCCAAUAUUUUUGUCAGUAUCUUCAUCGUAUUCUCCGUAGGGUCUUUUAACCAUUAUACUAAUUUUAUUUUUAAGUAACAUGU